AUGGACCUUCGGAAGACCCAGCCUUGGGUCUGGGUCCCCAAAGGCUGCCGUGUAGUGCGAGUCAUUGGGGAAGGGGCUUUUGGAGUAGUAAUCCUGGUCUGCCAUAUCAGCACCAAGGAGGAGUUUGUAGUUAAAGUAACAAAGCUGGGCACCUCGAAUUUGGAGCUGGCGCGACAAGAGAGGGACAUCCUCAGAGGUUUAAAACACCAGAAUGUAGUGCGGUUGCUGGGCGCCACUGAGGAGGGAGGCAGACUUUUCAUGGCCUUUCCGUAUGUGAGUGGGGGAGACCUGAGGAACUACCUUGACACCAAUGGGCCAAUGGUAGAGGAGGAGGCCAGAAGAGUCUUUCUGCAGCUGACGUCCGCAUUGCACUACUGCCAUAGCCAGGGCGUGGCCCAUCGGGAUUUAAAGCCCGAAAACAUCCUCAUGGACAGCCGUGAGGGCAGGGUCUUCAUUUCGGAUUUUGGUUUGGCACAUUAUUUUUUGAGAAGACCCAUGAGAUCUUUUUGUGGCACGCCAGGCUACAUAGCUCCCGAAGUCAUUUUUGGGGGCAUCUAUGGCCCAGGGGUCGACUUGUGGUCACUGGCAAUCAUCUUGCACGAGCUCCUGAAGGGACACGGGCCAUUUGACCCAGCAGAGGCUGGUUGCAGUAACACUCUCUCCUCCAGUGUCCAGCACCUACUGGAGGGCAUGCUGCAGGUGAACCCCAGGAGGCGAAUGGGGUGGACCCAACUCUUAAGUCACCCCUGGGUGACCCAGGGCUCCGGGCCAAUAGGGGUUCACCUGGAACCUGAGCCAGCUGUUGAGUCCAUCCCAUCCAGCAUGCCCUUUGCCUUGAUUCCUCGGCAAAGGUGUGUUUCUGCACCACCCGCUGCUGUGGCCAAGGCCCGGAAGCCUGGCAGCCCCUCCAGGAGCUCUAGUCCUUCGGACAUCUCCAGCUGGAGCCUUGCGUCCGCAUCGCCAGAGCCCAGUGGCCAACUUCAUUGCCAUAAGGCAUGGCAGAGCCAGGAGGAUAGUGAACGCCUUCCUGCGUGUUUGCUGCUGCUGCUGCUGUCCGUCAGGCAGGAGAGGCCGCAUCCACCCAGCCAACGCAUGAGGGUGUCCCUCACCCGUCUGGUACUGCCUCAAGUUUCCUCCCACUCACGAAAGGGCGUGGGCAUAGUAGCCCUGCCUGUCCUCAGUGGUUCUAGCAACCGCAUGAUGUAA